GUAUCUGAUGUGUGUAAAAUAUUACAUGUAACAACAGGGACAAGAGAAGUUGGGUCACUUUCCCCACAAGCAGCCAGCCCCUGUGCUGUGCUCCGCUUAGCAUCUUAAGGAAAAAAAAAACCUCUCAAAAACAGUCAUAACACCAGUGAGGGGGAUAUUACUUGUAUCUUGACUAUUGCACAUUAACUUUUGUGACUCAGGAUUAAUUCACAUUGUCUUACUUUCCAGUGGAACAUGAGGCAAUGGCAGAACAAACACGUGACAUAACCCAAAGAUUCACAGCCAAACUCCAGGCUGAGAUCGUUACAGGGUGGAGAAGCGCACAGCUCUACGCAGUGGAUGUGACUCUGGAUCCCAGCACAGCAAAUCCCUACCUCGUCCUGGCUGAGGAUCGGAAACGUGUGACACACCGAGACGAGCGCCAGGAUCUGCCUGACAAUCCGGAGAGAUUUGAUACUAUGGCGGUUGUCCUGGGCGCUGAGGGAUUCACGGGCGGGAGACAUUACUGGGAGGUGGAGGUUGGAGAAAAGAAUCUCUGGACUCUGGGGGUCUGUAGGGAAGAUGGGCGCAGGAAGGGGCAUAUUGUAUAUCUAUCGGAGAAUGGAUACUGGACAAUAUGGCAGCAUGCUGGGCAAUGCAAGGCCAAUGCCUCCCCCCCGACCUUGCUGUCCGUGAGCGUCAGGCCCAGACGGGUGGGGAUUUUCCUGGACUAUGAGGCGGGCGAGGUCUCCUUUUACAAUGUGACUGACAAGUCCCAUCUCUUCACUUUCACUGACACCUUCUCUAGGGUUCUCCGCCCUUAUUUCAACCCUGAAAACAAUAAAGGGGGCACAAAUAUGUGUCCCCUGAUAAUCUGCCCAGUCCCAGCUCAGGCUGGAGAGAGUCUCUGUCCCGGACAGUGAAACCCGCAGCAGAGACUGUCCCCUCCCAGCACUGACCAGCCCCCAGGCGUUUCUCCUGCCAUCCCUCCCCUCUCAGUUCCCAGCAUCAGGAAUAUUGGCAACCAAGCAGCCCUAGAGGGGGAAGCUGGCUGCAGGGGCAGAGGGGUGUGUGGGUGCUGUGCCCAAGAGUGGGGAGGAGGCUGCAGCAGCAGGGAGGGAAAAGCCCAGUUUACAAGAUGUGCAGGGUGGGGGAGAUGAGAGAGGUCUAUAAAAUCAUGACUGGUGUAGAGAAAGUAGAUACAGAAGUGGUGUUUACUACUUCUUCUAACACAAGAACUAGGGGUCACCAAAUCAAAUGAAGAGGCAGCAGGUUUAAAACAAACCAAAGGCAGUAUUUCUUCAUACAACGCACAGUCAACUUGUGGAACUCCUCGCCACAGGAUGUUGUGAAG